AUGAGGCCUGAGAACCAGAGCAGCGUGUCCCAGUUCCUCCUCCUGGGGCUCCCCAUCCCACCAGGGCAGCAGGGCGUGUUCUUCACCCUGUUCCUGGGCAUGUACCUGACCACAGUGCUGGGCAACCUGCUCAUCAUCCUGCUCAUCAGGCUGGACUCUCGCCUGCACACGCCCAUGUACUUCUUCCUCAGUCACUUGGCCUUCUCUGACAUCUCUCUCUCCUCUGUUAUUGUCCCAAAGAUGCUCAUGAACAUGCAGACUCAGCAACAAUCCAUCUCCUACAUGGGGUGCAUUUCUCAGUUGUAUUUUUACAUACUUUUUGUUGGUCUUGACAAUUAUCUUCUGGCUGUGAUGGCAUAUGACAGGUACGUGGCCAUCUGUCACCCUCUACACUACACCACCAUCAUGAGGGAGGGGCUUUGUGUGCUGCUGGUGGUUGGCUCCUGGAUUCUCUCCUGUCUCCAUGAUUUGUUGCACACUCUCUUAUUGGUCCGACUGUCCUUUGGUGCCAAUAAUAUCAUCUCCCACUUCUUGUGUGACUUGGCUGCUCUCCUGAAGCUGAGCUGCUCAGACAUCUCCCUCAAUGAGCUGGUCAUCUUGACCGAGGGAGGAAUGAUUUUCUUCCUGCCUUUUGGUAUAAUUUUGAGCUCUUAUAUCCGUAUAGGGACCAUCAUCCUGAGGGUGCCCUCCACUAAGAGACUCUAUAAAGCCUUUUCUACCUGUGGCUCCCAUCUCUCUGUGGUGUUUUUAUACUAUGGGACAGCUGCAAGUGUUUAUUUUUCCUCCUCAUCAUGGGGUUCUAAAGACAUAAUUGCUUCAGUCAUGUAUACGGUAGUUACCCCCAUGCUGAACCCCUUCAUCUACAGCCUGAGGAACAGAGAUAUAAAACAGGCCUUAGAGAUGUGUGUCAAUAGGGUUAAGUUCUUUAACUGGUAAUCACUAAAUCCUCUUGUUGCAGUCAGGAGCACAGUGAGACAGAUCUUCUAUAAUUAUUGUACGGUCGACAUCUUCAUAUAAUCUUAGAAUAAGCAUUCUCUUGUUAUGUAUAAGUGCUGUUAAUAUUCAACUUGGUCAAAUUUGCUAGUUGGGUUGUUACUAAUUCUUUAUUCCCUUGUUCAUAAUCUCUUAUAAGACCUAUGCAAAAUUUUUUGCAAAAUACGUUACACAAUUAUAAUUGUGUGUUUAUAUUUCUAGACUAUGUUAUUGAAGACUCACUGAUUUACC